AUGAUGCUUCCCAAAUCCCUCCUCCCUCUCUCCAUCGUCUUCCUCCCAUGCGCUCAAGCAUGCCUCGAAGUCGUCGGCACGCUUUUCGUCUCACAUUCUACCUCAUGGAAUGUGCAGUUGAAGGACGACGGGGUCCAGACCUGCAGCUUCAACUGCAAUGCUUGGACGACCACGUGUGAUGCAAGCUGCAGUGAUGGCUACAAGGCCAAAUGGACGACCACCACAGAUUGGAGACAUCAACCCGGAAAGCUGCAUUACGAUACACCUCAUGGGUCGUACGAUCUGGACGUACCAGUUGAGGACGGUUCCGAGGUGACGUACAAUUGCUGUGGUGGUAAUGUGCCGUGCCAGUGCACCCAGAUUACUUAUCGCGGCAACUUCUGGUGCUGA